GGCCGCCGUAGAGUAUAAUUAGCUGCCCAGGGUUCACAAUUGAACACAUGGCCCGUCGAAAGACACGACAUGAUGGAAUCAGAUGGAUGGACUGCCAUAAGAUUAUUACAAACUGGACGGAGGAUAUGAGACUUUUUGCGAGACAGCGGAUCUGAAGGCGUGGCCCGGAUGGGUCAGCAAUAGUUGUGUCAUCAGGAAUCACUGAAUCAGCACAUCGGGCGCUGCUUCGGCAUCUUAGCUACGUUAUGACUCUCUGACUAAAUCUCUUCCUUCCAUUAAUAUUCCCUCCCUCUCUCCCUCCCCCCUUCCUUCUUGUCCAGAGCGUCCAUAUGGCAAAGCGUCGCUCCAGCCUCGCUGCCUGGUACGACAAGGUAGUCAAUUUCAACGUAGAGUCUUUAUUCGCCCGUCAUCCUGGCCCGGGAGCUCCUCGAACCGUAUUCUUUAACCAGAAUCUCCCAGAUUCGUACUUUGAUCACAAGGGAAAGCCAAAGAAAGAACAUGUCUACCCCACUAACCAGGUCAUCUCAUCCAAGUACACAAUAAUCACAUUUCUGCCCAGAAACCUCCUGGAACAGUUCAGGCGAAUAGCAAAUAUUUUCUUUGCAUUCAUAGCUAUUCUGCAGUUCUUCCCCGAAUUUUCCACCAUCUCUCCAGGUCUCGUCAUCAUACCCAUCCUUAUCGUGCUCGGCAUCACUGCUCUAAAGGAUGGCUACGAGGACGUCAAGCGUCACCAGUCAGACCGCCACGUAAACCACUCUCAGGUUCGCGUCCUCGCGGGUGGCGAUUGGGUUAACCCGAAUAUGAACGGCAGAAAAAGCCGGACCUUCGUCAGGGGCAUCAUCCCGACUAGGCGUCCAAAACGGAAGGAUGUAGAGGCGACUACGCAGGACCCUGAUAUUGAGUAUGACCGGGCAGAUUCGAUGGAGGAGGGUGAACAUCAUUUGUUUGGGCACAGCGGGGAGAAUAACAGGCCCCAUUGGAAAAAGACCAAGUGGGAGGACAUUCGGGUUGGAGAUUUUGUCAAGAUCAUGGACAAUGAGCCUAUCCCGGCUGAUAUCCUCAUAUGUGCCACCUCGGAUGAGGAGAACGUGGCGUUCGUAGAGACGAAGAACCUUGAUGGAGAGACGAAUCUCAAGUCACGAAACGCAUGUCCGGCUCUUACUGAUCUUCGCUUUGCUGCCGAUUGUGUUUCUAAAUCUCAUACAUUCUCUGUCGAGUGCGAUCGGCCGGACACGAACAUGUACAGGUUCAAUGCCGCAGUCACUCGCAAUGGAGAAAAGUUUCCGGUGGACGUCCAGACAGUUCUCCUUCGCGGCACUGUACUGCGGAAUACGAACUGGGUCAUUGGCGUCGUCCUCUUCACUGGCGUUGACACCAAAAUAAUCCUGAAUUCCGGUGGUACGCCCAGUAAACGGAGCCGAGUGGAGAGGCAGAUCAACCCCCAGGUCUUGGCGAACUUGGCGAUUCUGGCGAUGAUGGGAGUCGUGUGUGGUAUUGCCGAUUCCAAGAUUGAACAGACGAAAUACCCAGAGGGUGCUCCUUGGCUAUACGGCGAUAACACUUCUAGUGAUAACCCGAAGAUCAACGGACUGAUCACUUGGGCUUUUGCACUGAUCACGUUCCAAAACAUUGUGCCCAUAUCCCUGUACAUCUCCAUAGAGUUUGUGAAGACAUGCCAGGCGCUCUUCAUCUACUUUGAUUACGACAUUUUCUACCAAAAGAAGAAUCAGCCGACUAUUGCCCGGAGUUAUAACUUGUCUGAUGACCUUGGGCAGAUAGAGUACAUAUUUUCGGACAAGACCGGUACUCUGACACAGAAUUCUAUGGUCUUUAGAGAAUGUUCCAUAGCAGGAACAGUAUAUCACGGUGAUCCGGAAGAGGAAGAGGAUGAUGACAUCAAGAAAUCCACAGGGACCGGUACGGAAAUCGUUCGUGAAACCAGCAACGACUCCUCCUAUGCCUCGACCUCCGCACGAGGGGACCAUCCUACCGUCAAACUUUCCAGCGGUGUCCUCAAACAUUUCAAGGACGAGCGCCUCUCCCAAGACCUCGCACGCGCGGUAGAAGCCGAACCAGACUCUGAAAACGCUACCCAGGCGCGCUCGCUUAACGGCUUUUUCUCGGUCUUGGCACUUUGUCAUACCGUUCUCACUGCUGUCGAUCCUGCGACAGGUGCGAUCGAGUACAAAGCACAAUCACCUGACGAAGCUGCUCUCGUCCAAGCCGCCGCUGACGUCGGAUUCAUCUUUCGCGGACGUGAGAAGGAGAUUCUGCGUUUACAGACACCUUUCUCGAAAGAGACCGAGCGGUUUGAGCUGCUUAAUAUUCUAGAGUUCACGAGCGCACGGAAACGGAUGAGCAUCAUUGCCAGGAAACUGGAUGAUCAAGAUGGGAGACUGUUUUUGCUUACGAAAGGCGCGGAUAAUGUUAUUUUUGAGCGGCUCAAGCCUGGUGCAGAUGAUUUGAAGCGGACGACUGAGGCGCAUUUGGAGGAUUUUGCGAAUGCUGGGUUGAGGACGUUGACUCUGGCAUACAAGGUUAUUCAGGAUGAUGAAUACGAGGCCUGGGCUGAGCGCUACCAUGAAGCCUCUACUGCUCUGGAUGAUCGUGAAGGCAAGAUUGAGGAAGUCUGUGAUGAGAUGGAACGCGAGCUGCGACUACUUGGUGCCACUGCCAUUGAAGAUCGUCUCCAGGAUGGUGUGCCAGAAACGAUCGCUGAUCUCAAGGUCGCUGGAAUCAAGGUCUGGGUUGCCACCGGUGACAAGCUCGAGACUGCCAUUGCUAUCGGCCGCAGCACGAAUCUCAUCGCUGAGGAGUCCAAUAUCAUCAUCAUCCGCGGUAGCGACCGCGUUCAACAACAGAUGAUUCAGGCGGUGGAGGAAUUCUUCCCGGAAAGCGGUAUACUCGAUGAGCACGGCCUUGUCACUUCUGCACCUAAAUCGCCAUCAGCAGAAUCAACUAGAGCCUUCCCCAUGCGGCGACUAAGCAGUGGUGUCCGUGAUAUCGUCGGAGACAAUAACGGUGACCGACCUGGGGGAUUUGUACUUGUCAUCGAUGGUGCUGCGCUGGACCACGCCCUUCCUGAUGACGACCACAAGGCUCUUCUUCUCCGUCUUGCUACCCAAUGCGAGGGCGUCAUCUGUUGCCGUGUCUCCCCACUGCAGAAAGCGCUUGUGGUGAAGAUGGUCAAAGAUGGUCUUGGCGUGAUGACCCUUGCCAUUGGUGAUGGCGCGAACGAUGUCAGCAUGAUUCAGGCUGCGGACGUUGGUGUCGGCAUUAAUGGUGAGGAGGGUCUGCAGGCUGUCAACUCGUCAGACUAUGCUAUUGCACAGUUCCGGUUCCUCAAGAAAUUGCUUCUUGUUCAUGGUCACUGGUCUUACGCUCGUAACGGAAUUAUGAUUGUCAACUUUUUCUAUAAGAACAUUGUGUGUAUUGGCGUUUUGUGGUGGUUCCAGAUUUAUUGUGGAUGGAGUUCGGCUUACGCAUUCGAGUAUACUUACCUGUUGUUCUGGAACUCAUUUUGGACGAUUGCUCCUGUUCUCGGGAUCGGUCUGUUUGACCGGAUAGUUGAUGCCGAUGUUCUGAUGGCCUUCCCGGAACUUUAUCGCUAUGGUCGCGAACGGACGUGGUUCUCUAUGAAAUCAUUCAUUAUCUACAUGCUUGAUGGAGUCGUACAGUCUGUCUCGAUAUACUUUAUCAUCACCUACACCUACCUCACGACUACUACCCGUACUGAUGGAUACGGUAUAGCGUUGUAUGAGUAUUCGACGACCAUGGUUUUUGCCACCGUCAUCGUUGUCAGCCUGUUCAAUGGCUUGAACACGAAUGUCUGGACUGCCUGGGUCUUCUUUGCUGUCUUCAUCGGUAUCAUUAUUCUCUGGUUAUUCACGGCGAGUUGCCUAGCGCUCUCCUUAUCCCCGGGAUGGAUAGUAACCAACGUCUACGGCAACAAUCACUACUUGUUUGCAUCGGCUUAUUUCUGGCUGUGUCAACCCCUUGUCAUCGCCAUUGCUCUUCUUCCACGAUACCUCUAUCGCUCGUGGCAAUUGGGAUACGCACCCGGCGACCUAGAGGUGCUACGCUACAUCCGGAAAACACAGCCUGAUCUUGACAUGGCGACGCUACGCAGUGAAUCGGAGCGCUCGAGACCAUAUGCGUCUUCAAGACGACGCCCGUCCUCACGCUUGUCACGAGCAUCGAUUGCUUGUUCCAGCACAGAGUCAUUUGAUUUACGGAGAACGCAAGAUCCGCGCUGUGCGAGCCGAACUGACAUGUCCACUGGCAUACGCUCCGUGCACCGCGGGUUUGACUUUGCGACGGAAGAAGGUGGCGUUGCAAUGCGACGCAUGCAGACCAAUCUGUCGGAGCGGAGACAGAGUAGCCGCAAUCUGCCUUCACUAGGGCAGGUCUCACCGAAGCGCAGUAUACGGUUAUUCUCCUCUCUCCGCCGCAAAAAGUCGUCGCAGCCUACUCUUAAGAAGGAAGAUUGA